AAGAAAAACUGUUUUAAGCUGAACCACAUCAGUAAUAAACAUGACAAGCUUUCACCGUGUCAAGAUGCACCAACCAAUAACUGUUUCACAUAAAUAGACCUAAAAAUGAUUUCAAAUUGAAAUUGAAAUGUACAUGGAAGACCGAAAUCUCAUCACACUCGAUGCUUUCACUUCCUCCUUCAGUGGAGCAUAAAACUGAAGAACUAUAGCAUAGGUUUCACUUACAAUGAAACAACCAAUUACAGACCUAGAGACCCAGACCUAACUGCAAAUAGCUAGGGGUGCAGUCAAGCACAACAUACAGAGAUUCUUCAGUGAAAAAGAAGAUGCUGUGUGAAAGUAAGCUGUGGAUUUUGAUGGUUUGCCCUGAAACAGAAUGUGCAAAACCUUCAGCAUGCUGCACACUCGCAGCACCAUCAUCACCUCCACUGAGCUAUCACCUUUCAGCCCAAAUCCCAGUCCACUCACCUCAAGAGCAGCACACCAAAACAACCCAGUGUGAUGCCCAUCUUUCCUCUACAACCCCUGUGGCAGGACGGCAACUGUCUCUCAGUGUGGACAUCCCCAGGCAGGCAGACUCACCAGAGGCCGAGGCCUUUUUGGUGCCCUCUAGCUGCCACAGCAUCUGUCAGCACUACAGCGAUUUACACAUUGCUGGUGGCCAGGUACUGCCUCUGAGCCCCAGUGCAGGUGAUGUGCAGGGCAGUCACAGCCAGGACCUCCAGCCUGGGCCCUUCCUGAUGUCUGGAGAUGUCCCUAUCCCCUCCCUCCUGCCUCCUUUGGUCCAUGAGUACCGGAGCUCAAGGCGCUGGAGGGAAGAGAGUGGCCGUGAGCGUGCCUCUCUUCUGCAGUUUGCUCAGCCCCUCUCUAACUCCCAGCUCAAUGGCUACCUGGAACAGAAACUUCUGGAGCUGUACAGGCAGUACCUGACAGAGGGGCCUGCGGGGACGAGGCCGGUCAUGGCCUCUGAGCUACUGCAGACCAGCCUGGACCAGAUGACUCUACAACUGAGCCGUGAGCAGAACAUGGAGACAGCACGAGCCAAAGACAUGCUGCUUAGCUGUCUUCUGAAAGUCACCAGCAGUUAUCAGUCCAGUGAGAUCAGCACCCCUCUACUGCAGAUCUCCACUGAGACAAAGUGAGUUUGAAAGGAGGCAGAAGUGGGAAAUAAAAGACAGUGGGGAGGUAGAUGAAAGUUUGCUAAAGAAACGAAAGUUGUGGCAGUUCUUCAUAUUGUCUUUCAAAAGUACAAUGCAAUAGCUUGAAAUGAGAAUGCUAAAGUGAUAGUUCACCCAAAAAUAAAAAUUUGGUUUCUGUCAUUAUUUACUCACUCUCAUGAUGUUCCAAACCAGUAUGACUUUCAUCCGAGGAACACAAAUGAUGUUUUGCAGAAUGUUAUGGAUACUCUCAGUCACCUUUCACCUUUGCAUUUUUUUUUCCCCAUAUAAUGAAAGCGAAUGGUGACUGAGUGAAUAUUUUGUUAGCCUAAUGCCUCACAGCCUAACAUCUUUUAUGUUUCACAGAACAAAAGGAAGUCAUACAGGUUUUGAAUAAAAUGCAGAUGAGUAAAUGACAGAAUUUUAAAUUUUGGGUGAACUAAAUUUUCAGUUGUAAUGAUGUUGAUCAUUGUCAUAACACAUUUGAUUCAAAAUCUAAAUUUGAAACAUAGCCUCUGCAUAUGCACACAUGCACGUUCCAUAGCCAAGAGACAAUAAUGUAUAUGAAAUAAAAUAAAUACUGAUCAAAGGGUGUUCACUGUUCCUCUGAGUCCAUUGUAACUUUGCAAGUUUUAUUUUUUUAUUUUUUUUAUAAGAAAACAAGAGGCAUUUUACAUCUUUUCAAAACUUUCAACUGGUGUUGCAGUAAGGUGUUUAUAUUUUUAUGCUGUGAUAAAUUUAAGAUACAGAUUCUCUUUCUCACAAAGGGGAUUCUGAGGCUAGGUAAGACAACAUAUAUUAUUAUUAUGUAUUUAAUAAUAUUAAAGCUUUGUAAUCAUGAAUUGAUUCACAGUUGUCAUCAACUUUUUAGCUGAUUUCAACUUAUUGCAGAUGACUUUACAAGUAUGAUCUUCAGAGGUGAAACUUUGCAACCAACAACAUGUUAGAUCCAGUCUCUUUACUAGACCUCUCUCUCUAUCAGAAGAUCUCCAAAUACCAGUUGUGCCUGAUAUCCAAAACCAGUCAACAUCAACAGCUUAUGUUAACUCAACAAAUUCAACAAGUGUUAUUAUAUCAAGCAGAGACAAUGAAAAAUUGCUGCUUUACAACAUUGUCCCGUGAGUUGAAGACCUUGAAUUGGAGACAUUAUCUCCGUAUCUCUAACUUGUAAAGACAAUAUAGCACACAACAUUAGAGUAAACAAAAAUACAGUUAUAAUGUAGAGUAAGAAAUAAUGUAAAAAAUUUAAUAAGCGGUAAUAUAUAACGUUAAUAAAAAAGUGAGUAAAUAUACAGUAUAAGAAAUUAUAGAAAAGAAUGAAAGAAAUAACAUAAAUGAACAACAUGUUCUUUGCUUUUGAAGCCAUAUCACACACUCAGGAUGCUUUUAAAACUCAAACUAGAUCUUUAGAUCAUUCAACCCAGAUAUGGAAAUGCUCUUGCAGUAAACCUGUGUGUAAAAGUGUCUAUUGGUUAGAGGGUUCAAAAACAUCUUUCCUCUCUUCUCUACUGUGUGGCUUUGGUGAAAUGCAUGCUGUAUAUUUACAUUUGUUUUACCAUAGACUAAUUGUUAAUGAUAAAAUUUGUCCAAGUGAAAUUAAAAAGCAAUCAGAGCACAUGGUGAAAUAUUGUGUGUGUGUUUGUACCUGUGAGUGAAAAUGAGAUCAGCAGGAAAGGUGAAGAGAAAGAGAUUGAUAAGGAAUUCAAUUACUUUUUUCAAACACAGUGACUGUUUACAAGAUGAAGAAUAUACAGUAUAUAUACACUGAUCAGCCACAACAUUUAAACCAC